AAGUACCCAGUCAUUCUUUCGUUCAGUGCACAGGACUUGUGACAGGUGAAUUAAGCCUUUCGAACGCCCCACCUCCUUCCUCUUUCGGUCCCUGCUGUUCUGUGACCAAGGCUCAGAGGCGGCCCUCCUUCCUGUGGCUCUUCGGCUGUCCGUCGCACGCACUCCGCAACCAUGCAGAACGAGGAGGGAGAGAACGUUGAUCUGUACAUCCCUAGGAAAUGCUCCGCCACUAACCGGCUCAUCACCUCCAAGGACCAUGCGUCCAUCCAGAUCAAUGUUGGGCACCUAGACGAGAACGGUGUGUACACGGGCCAGUACACGACCUUUGCUCUUGCGGGACCGGUUAGGGCGCAGGGUGAUGGGGACAGCGCGCUUGACAGACUUUGGGCGAAGAAGAAGGCUGAGCUUAGCCAACAGUGAGUGACAUGCGCAGACACUAAACGACUUUUCAAACCAGGCCACUCCUUCUCCCUAUCAGCCGCCCGCUCAGUUGUUCAUUUGGCAUCAUUUGGCAUCAUGGGUACAUGCGACACCCAGUCAGUGCUUCUUAACUGACGAUAUUUUGCACAUGGAGGCUGCAUAUGUUCACCAUCCGAUUCGUGUGCCCGUUAAGUCAAAAUCAGUGUUGAGG